CUACUGUCUUGGAUAUUGUGGAACAGGUGUCAAAAUGUGGCGGUUACCUUGCGGGUAAAAGCAUCCAAUGGUCUCUUUUGGAGAAAAAAUAUUUAUCCAAAUUAUCGAAAUUUGAUGAGAUGGCUGUAUCUCUAGUUUUAAGGUACGGAGAGAAGAAUAAUUUGCUGAACGAAAACAAGGAUAAUAAGGAGAACUAUGUUCAAUUUCUAAGUCGUUGCGAAACGUAUUUUACACCUCCCCCCGAAAAUUCCGUUCAAUUUGACUGGUUCUCGGCGACAGUUUUUUUAAUUUGCUCAGGAAACAUAGAUCGGAGUUUACAGAUUCUAUCAUUAUUAUCAGCUUUUCCAUCUACUGUGUACUCUUGGCUACAACUGGCUGGGAAAAGAGGCCAAUCGUGGAGCAUGUUUGGUCAACUGAUCGAGUGGUUGUUGUCUGCUGAGCUACCUAAAAUAUACUUCCUCUUCCAGACAAAGGGAGUUUCUUGGUGGUUGGUUUACCAGUCUUGGAUGAGGCAGUGUUUCUUAAAUCAGCUGCAAUGGAACGAGAUACUCCAAUGGAUUCUCCUCAUAGUUCUUUAUCCUGUUGACUUUCAGAUUUAUUAUUCAAUCAGUGUUUUGAAAUGCUCCCAAGAAUCACUGCUCCUGUCUGAUCAAAAUGACAAUUUCUUUGAUGCUUUGAUGGUGAGUUCGGUCGAAAAACUUCUCAGUCAAACUUUAAUUGUUACUAUUUAUUUUUGAUAAGAAAACGGAAAAAUUCAAUUCAACCUGGGAAUCAAUCUUCAGGAAUCCAGAAGCUCAAGUCAACAUUGAUAAGAGGAACGGAAAAUCACAAAAAAAGUAAAACUAUUUACUGAAAGUGCAACGCCCUAUAUGAAACCAUGGAGUGAGAAACCAAAUGCAUAAAUUUUAUUGAAAGUAUGUCUAAUAUAUGAGAAAAAGUUUAUUCGCUUUUUUUCUUAAGAACUGCCUUGUUUCUAAAUAAAUUGUAGUCUAAAUUUUGGACAAUUUACCCCUGAUAGGGUGUCUACCUAAAUAUUUGUUUCCUUCUCCCUGACUUUUCAGAUAUUCUCUGAAUUUUUUUUUCAAAUAGAAAGAGGUGAAAAAAGAAAUACAGCUCAGUGCAAAGUACAGGGGUGGUAGGGACUUGAAUUCUCGCGAGAAAAAUUCACUCCAAACCAGGAGAAAGCGCUGCAGGGUUCUGUAUCAAAGCGCCGUGAAGUUAUGCAAAAAAUGACAAUAUUAUGCAAGAGUUAGCAACACUCCCGGUUAAGUGUUUUCUCUGUCUGACUCUCCUUGACCAAUUUCAUCUCUCUGACUUCUGCUAAGACGCCUGUUUUUCUCGAUCACUAGACAACUUACAUGGUGCUUGUCAUUCUUGCAGCGUCUUACUCCCUGAAAUUUCCCUGCAAUUAGGAGGGAAAUUUUUGAUGAAAACUUAAGGUUCACUCUCAUCUUCUCUCAGAUUCUUGGGACUUUGUAUGCAGUUUUUUUAUAUUUUUAUAGAAAUUUGAGAAUGAUUUUACUAGAGAGCAGUGCCAAGAUGUCAA